AUGGUUUCUACAUUUUCUUACAUGCUUUCCUCAUUGUCUUUGACCUACUGUAAAAAAAAAAAAAAAAAGAAAAAAGAAAAAAAACCCUACUAUCACCAUCCACGUGGAUGAAGUGUUGUCAUUAACUUAUUAUCUUUCUAUAACGGAGAGAUAUUACAUUUAGUCCAGUUCCUAUCCCAUGGCUUAUUGUCUGCGAUGGUGCAUCUCGCCCUAGCUCAUUCUCUUUUGCAAUGCCAUUUAGGUUCUAAUUGUAUGAAUAUAUAACUACGCACCGGGCAGUAAACACAUGAUGAAAACUUUCACAUGCUUGGAGCUGCGCUUGAUUGGAGUUCAUGGGAGAUAUUUUCAUUUGUUUAUGGCUAUAUUUUCAGAGUCAUGGUGCUUGCUUGUAUUGGGUAUUGAUUCUAUUUAGAUUUUCGAGAUUAUCAUUAUCUCCGGGGGAGUGUUGAAUAUGUCCCACAUUGGAUAUGAUGUGGGAACUCCCUUGGCUUAUAAGGGUGAAUGACCCUCCAUCUAUCACCAAUUGGUUUUAAGUUGGAAGUUCGGAUCCCUGCUUAACAAUUACAUCCUGUUUGAGUAGCUGCAAACGACAGCAUUGCUGAUAAGGUCUAUGAUAUGGCGAGUGCCAGUGCUAUGUUCUUGAUAUUGGUAGUAUGUUGGGCCUACACACUCUACAAGCUUAAUAAUUAGUUUUAGUUACGUACUGUGCACAAGGACCUUCUGACUUGUCUUGGUUAGAUGUGGUCAGAUGGGACUGGAAGAGAAUGAUUUCUGUGAAUGCACACAAAACUUUGCAAAGGUGAGUGAGCCACAAAAGUGGGGUUACCCUGCUGACUUGAAGAAAGUGCUAGUCUACUUUUUUGGGACUCAACAAAUUAAGAUUGUUUCCAUGUACAGAGCCUUCUGUAAUCCGGGUGAUAUUGAAGAGUUCACUGAAGAGAAGAAAGCAUCUUUGGCGAGCAAGCGUCAUGGAAAAGGUUCUGAUUUUGUUCGUGCAUUGAAUGAGAUAGUUGCUUGCUUUGAGAAGCUGAGGAAACAAAGCAACAUAGCCCGUAAUAAUAUCACCAAAGAAAUUAAUACCGUCAGUGAGAACAAUUCAGAUGAGUCCUCCGCUAAAUCUGUGAAUAUUAAGACUCCAGCAGUUAUAAUUAACCAUUGUUGUAAUGGAGCCAUAAACAAUCUACACUCUUUAACUGAAGCUGCUGCCACUGCUGAAGAUACUUCGCAUGUUGAGGAGAUGCGAUUGGAAGAAGCAAAUCCUAAUUCAUUAUGUACAGAAACCCAUACUUACUUGACAAGAAGCAAAACUGAUGCUACCCAAUCACAAAAAGUUGGUGCCCAGAGGAGGAUGUUUGCUCAAAAGUUGAGAAAACUUUCAAGGAUAGAAGCUAGGGGAUCUCAAAAAUCAGUAUUGCCUUCUAUUAACAACAUUAGGAGCUCUGGGGGAUUCCAAGAUUUAGUAUUUUCAGACAGAGCUCUGAGAAGAAGUAAAAGGGUUAUGAAGUCAUGUGAUGAUUCUGAAGACAAUGAUACUAAUUCACUUGCUUCUGUAUUUAAUGAUAGCAAUAAAGAUGAUGGUUCUGAGAUCAUGACAGUGGGCUCCGAUACUCUUAGUUUGAAUGAUAGCAGCACUGCAGACUCGGCUUGUAAAUAUGCAGAAAUAGAGCUUUCAAAUGAAAUUAAUGAAAGAUGGAAAGCUGAGUUAAACGACCGGCUUGACUUUCAAGUGAAUUCUGUGAUCCUCAAGAAAAGAAGGAGACUUAAUAGAAAAAGACACAGAAAUCCAAUAGAUAAAUUUGAUGAAGUUAUUUCAAGGGUUGAAGUGCACAAGGCUGAAUGCGCUUCAUGUAGUGCUGAUGAGAAAACUGGUGACCAACUUGCUAAAGAAGGUGGUGAUGAUCACUUACCUCUAGUCAAACGAGCAAGAGUUCGAAUGGGCAGGUCAUCACCUGUAGUGGAUGACGAAGUUACUUUUGAUCAUAAAGAAGAUGAAACAGUGGAAGCUCCUGAAAGUGGUGCUACAGAGUCUUUAGGUCUGUUUCCUGCUGAUGGAGAUUCUAUUCCAACCUGUGGAGAUCCAGGUAAAUCAUCAUCUCUUUUGUGUGUAAGCCUCUCAGAACCUCGGCAUUCAGGAACUGGUAAGAAUUUUGUGCACAGUGAAGCUGCCUUGCCUCCAUCUAAACGCCUCCAUCGUGCCUUGGAGGCUAUGUCUGCUAAUGUGGCUGAGGAUAGACAAAUAACUUCCAAUUUACCAGCCAACAUGGGAUUCUCUUCAUUAAUUGAAUGCUCUGAGCUGUCCUUGGGAAAGGCACCAAUGACAUUGGGAGUGGAGCUGGAGGACUAUAGGAAUGCUGAUUCUCAGCCAUGUUCUGAGUUGUGUGAUGUGUCAAAAAUGGAAAUGCUUGGAACUGAUGGAAAAAAGUGUUCCUUAAUGUUAGAAUGCAGUAGAAUUUCACCUGUAGAAGGCACUGAAAGUACAUGUCUGAAAUUAUUGCCCCCCUUCAAUGAUAGCCCUUCAGAAGCUGAUGGCAAGCAUCAAGAUAUCGAACCUGAUUCAACCAACAAUAAUGAAGAAUUAUCUCAAUUUGAAUGCCGCGUACCAUCUUUGAUAAGAUCUGAUGGAAUCAACCUUGAAUGUUCAAAGGUGGAGUUAGCUUCAAAGAGAUCUGAUCCAGAUAGUUGUCCAUUGCAAUCAGAUCCUGUCAUAGCUGGAAAUAGUACUGGUGGUUUUCAUCCCAUGAGCAGAGAUAUAAUGGACAGUGCUGAUGUUGGAGGUGUUGAAACAGAUGAGACCGGGCUUGAGGAAGCAGUUGAGCCUAAAAGUUCCUGCUCACCUGAGAAAAAUAAAGAUAGUCAGGGGUCUAAAGUUAUGGAAGAAGGUAAACCACCAUCUGCAGAUUCAAAUACUGUUCUCUCAGCUACACUUGUGAAAGCUUUUCCCCAUAGACAUUGUGGAUAUCUGUUCGAUUCCAAUUCCAUCCCUGUGGAGUGCUUGGAGGCUAGAGCUGUUUCAACCAUCCAGUCGCCAACUGAUGCGAUGGAUCAUGCUGCCAGGACAACUACUUCCACUUUUGUCUGCAAAACUUCUGCCUCAGAAAAUAAUUCUGUUGAAAAAUGUAGCUCUAAUAGUCUUGAUAUCCAAAGACACAUUGGGAAAGCUAUACUACCUAGCAAGUUUAGUGGCAAAUUGGAAUCAUUGUCGUCGUUUGAAGCUAUCAUAAGAUUUUUGACAAGAACAAAAGAGAGCAUAGGACGAGCCACACGGGUUGCCAUUGAUUGUGCAAAAGUUGGGUUUGCAAGUAAGGUGGUAGAAACGCUGGCCCAUAAUUUGGAAAGUGAGUCAAGUCCACCAAAAAAAGUUGAUUUAUUUUUCCUCGUCGACUCCAUCACUCAGUGCUCAGGAGGAAUGAAAGGAGAUGCUGGCCUGUAUCCCUUGGAAAUUCAAGCCCACUUGCCACGAUUAUUGUUGGCUGCUGCACCUCCUGGUUGCAACUUCUAUGAAAAUCAUAGGCAGUGUCUUAAAGUUCUGAGAGUUUGGCUGGAUAGGAAGAUACUUCCUGAAUCAAUAAUUCGUCACCAUAUUCGCGAACUUGAUUUCCGCUGUGGAGCACGUUAUGGUGUAAACUCCAGUCGAUCUUUAAGAUUUGAAAGGCCUUUUGAUGAUCCUAUCAGGGAAAUGGAGGGAAUGUUGGUUGAUGAAUAUGGAAGUAAUUGUAGCAUCCAGCUUCCUGGUUUCUGUAUGCCUCCAUUGGUGAGGGAUGAGGAUGUUGGAAGUGAUUCUGAUGGAGAGAGCUUUGAGGCUGUUACCCCAGAGCAUCAUGUUGAACAUUUUGAUGGAGUUAAAGCUCUGUCUGCUGCAGUUGAGAAGCGUAGUCAUAUAUUAAAAGAUGUUGAUGGUGAGCUUGAAAUGGAGGAUGUGGCUCCAUGUUAUGAAAUUGAUACAACAUCCAGCAGUAAUAUUGGUGGAACAGAUUGUACAGACAUUUCCCUUCAUCAAUCUGAUAGCCAGUAUGAGGCAUCAUUUGUUUCUGAACGUCCUAAAGAUACCAACCUUUUACCUGCUACUGUAUCAAGUUCCCUCUUACCCCCACCUCCAAGUGCACCUGAGCCCGUACCAGUUCCACCGUCUAACUUUCCUUCUUCGGGUCAUGUUUCGAAGAUUUGCUCAAGACCUCAGGAGCCCAAGGCAAAGAGGUCUCCUUUGCCAAGAUUUAGAACAAGAGCCAUGGAUGAUAUUCAUUAUCGCAAUCAUGAAAAUAAAGAUCCUGAAGCCCCUUUGCCAAGACGGACGCCUGCUUGCGGUAAUACUUAUUCUAAUAGCGAUCACCCUAGAUCUCGGUUCUCCAGCCGACCUAAUGGCCUCCAACCAGGGGGUGGUACUUCUAGAAAGGGUUACCAUGUGCACCCUCCUCAUCCUUCUCCAUCAAAUCAAUUUUGUUCCCAACAACAAAGCCAUUCACGGAGGAAUAUUCACCCCUCUUCCCAGCCCAGCAGAUUUCAUAUGCGUCACACUGAAAAUGGGAAUUUUUACAGAGAUCACGACAGAGACAAGUUUGCUCCCCGUGAUGAUAUUGGAGAGUACUGGAGGCCGCACUUGCCAUCCAUCUCUGGUCCAUUGUAUCAUGAUGAGUCCAGGAUGUCUCAUGCACUGAUGUCUUACUGCAGUCCACCUCGUGAGCUCGCAUAUCCUAGUGAUAAGUGGAAUUUCCCUCCCCGUUCCGUGAACCACAGACAAUAUAAUCAUUAUGGACCAUCCUCCGGAGGCCCUAUUCCAGUGGCAAAUAGAGGUCCUAAUCACUGGAAAUCAAGAUAGUUCAUCAAAGGGAAACUGUAUCGAAAUGAUAAGUGUUGUCGUCGCAUCUCCUACUGCAGUUGUCAAUAUUAUUCCUGCUUGUCCAUUUUGCUGCCGUUGCUUUGUUAGGCGGGAUGCUUGUGAUAUGCACUUCUGGGAUUGCUUAGCAUUUGAUGGAUGUUAUGCUGUUGUGGACCGUGUCCAAAAGCAAAAAAGAGAAAAAAAAAGAUUGACUAUGUUCAUUCUGCGAUUGUUGGGACUGACUCACUUCUACUCGCUGGAUCUACCUAGCUAGUUGAGGGAGAGGGUGUGUGUAAUGUAAUGUAAUGUUAUCAUGGCCUACUUUGGUUUUUUGAUUUAAUUGGAAAUAUCUCAGUUUUGAAACGGUUUGUAUAUCUGUAAGGUACUGUUGGCGAAGGUGUGUUGUCAUUUUGGUUAUCAUCGGCCACUUCCCCUGUAUUGAAUUGUAUGUAUGUAUAUUAUUAUUAUUAUUCUAUUAAAUUCUCCAACAGUAA